AUGGCGACACCGAAUGGUGUGAUCCAAAUUUUGCUGUUCUUCAGCGUGAUUCUGGCGCUGACAAAGCCAAUGGGCGUGUACAUGGCCCACGUCUUCGAGGGCGAACGAACGCUGCUCAGUCCCGUCCUGCUGCCCGUAGAGCGCCUGUUCUAUAAACUCUUUGGUGUGCGCGAAGAGGACGAUAUGAAGUGGACAACCUACGCCUUCGCAAUGCUGAUGUUCAGCGCGGUCGGCAUUUUGCUGACUUACGUUCUGUUGCGGGCGCAGGGAAUGUUCAAUUUCAUGGGCAUGAAUCCCAAAGGCUUCUCCGGCAAAGACAUGACGCCCGACCUGAGUUUCAACACCGCCAACUCGUUCGGCACCAACACAAACUGGCAGGCUUACGCGCCGGAACUGACCGUCAGUUACUUCUCGAAUAUGCUUUCGCUCGCCAUUCAUAACUGGAUGUCGGCGGCGACGGGCAUGGCGAUUGCGGUAGCGCUGAUUCGCGGGUUCGCCCGCCGCAACGCCGACUCCAUCGGCAACUUCUGGAAAGACUUGACGCGCUGCACGCUGUAUAUUCUGCUGCCUAUCUGUCUGGUCUAUUCGAUGUUUCUGAUUCAGCAGGGCGUCCCGCAGAAUCUCAAGCCCUAUGUGGACGUGAAAACGGUAGACGCCACGCCCGCCACGAACGGAAAAGACAAUUCGCAAAGCAUUCCGCAGGGCUUUGUCGCCUCGCAGGAAUCCAUUAAGAUGCUUGGCACGAACGGCGGCGGCAUUUUCAACGCGAACUCGGCGCACCCUUACGAGAACCCGACGCCGCUGGUCAAUUUCAUUCAAAUGAUUUCGAUUUUUCUCAUUCCCGCCGGACUGACCUACACGUUCGGCAAGAUGGUCAAAAAUACGAAGCAGGGCUGGGCGCUAUUCGCCGCAAUGAGUUCGCUGUUCUUUGUCGGGGUUUGCGUGGCCUACACCGCCGAACAAAAAGGCAACCCGCAGGUCGCCGCGAUGAACGUGGUGACGGCCCCGACCGAUACGCAGCCGGGCGGAAACAUGGAGGGCAAGGAAACGCGUUUCGGCAUUACGAAUUCCGCUCUCUUUGCCACCGUGACGACAGACGCGAGUUGCGGCGCGGUCAACGCCAUGCACGAUAGUUUCACGCCGCUUGGCGGCAUGGUUCCGCUGGCAAAUAUUCUCAGCGGCGAGUGCAUCUUCGGCGGAACGGGCGCGGGGCUUUACGGAAUGUUGAUGUACGCGAUCAUUGCCGUCUUUAUCGCGGGCCUGAUGGUCGGGCGCACCCCGGAAUAUCUGGGCAAAAAAAUCGAGCAUUCAAACCUGCACAUUCGCCCGCUCGCCGGAGCGCUAACGAUUACCGACGCGAACAAGGCCGAUGGCGAGAAAUAUGCCGCCACGCCUGCCAGCUGGAAUCGCUUGAAUAACGCGGGAGCCGACAACGGCGGAUCGGAUACUUUCUACGGCCCGACCUACAAUAACCAGAACAACAGCGGGGCGCAUGGUUUCUCGGAAAUCUUCUACGCCUACACGUCCGCCACCGGCAACAACGGCUCGGCCUUCGCGGGAAUCACCGUGAACACGCCGUACUAUAACCUGACAAUUGGACUCGCCAUGCUGAUUGGCCGGUUCCUGAUGAUUAUUCCGCUGCUGGCGAUUGCGGGCAGUCUGGCGAAAAAGAAAACCGUUCCCGAAUCCGCUGGAACCUUCCCGACCGACUCGCCGACGUUUACCGUCCUGCUCGUCGGAGUCAUCGUGAUUGUCGGAGCGCUCACGUUCUUCCCGGCGCUGGCCCUCGGCCCGCUGGCCCCGCCUACCCUUCCUGUGGGGACGCCGACGGGCUUUACUAAACCAAAAAACGCGCCGAAGUCGCUGAUUGAUCCAGUUAUUAUCAAACGGGCGGCGGGCGAUGCGUUCCGCAAACUCGACCCGCGCCUUGUGGCGAAGAACCCGGUCAUGUUUGUCGUGGAAGUCGGCAGCGCGAUUACGACCUACUACUUCAUCAAAAGCCUGAUCACGCAUAACGGACACGCCUUGUUUGUCGGGCAGGUAUCGCUGUGGCUGUGGUUUACCGUCCUCUUUGCCAACUUUGCGGAGGCAAUGGCGGAAGGGCGCGGCAAAGCGCAGGCCGACACCUUGCGAAAAGCGAAAACAGACUCUGUGGCGCGGCGUCUCCUUGCCAAUGGCAAAGAGGAGCAGGUUCCCGGAACCGCAUUACGUAAAGGCGACUUGAUCGUCUGCGAAGCCAAUGAGGUCAUACCGGGCGACGGCGAAGUCAUCGAAGGAAUCGCUUCCGUAGAUGAAUCGGCUAUUACCGGCGAAUCCGCUCCGGUCAUUCGGGAAAGCGGCGGCGACCGCAGCGCGGUGACGGGCGGAACCAAAGUGUUGUCCGACCGCAUCGUGAUACGCAUCACGUCGAAUCCUGGCGAAACAUUUAUUGACCGGAUGAUCGCUUUAGUCGAGGGGGCGCAACGACAGAAAACCCCCAACGAAAUCGCGCUUUCGAUUCUGCUGGCGGGAUUAACAAUUGUCUUUCUUUUUGCGACCGUAACUUUGCAACCCUACGCCAUUUACAGCGUCCGGGCAGCGGGCGCAGGAACGCCGCCGAGCAUUACCGUUUUGAUUUCGCUGCUGGUCUGCCUGAUUCCCACCACGAUUGGCGGGCUGUUGUCCGCCAUUGGAAUCGCGGGUAUGGAUCGGGUUAUGCAGCACAACGUGCUGGCAAUGUCCGGAAAAGCGGUGGAAGCGGCGGGCGACGUGAACACGCUGCUGCUUGAUAAAACCGGAACCAUCACACUCGGCAACCGGCAGGCGAGCGAAUUUAUCCCGCUUCCCGGCGUAGAGAUUAACGAACUCGCCAACGCCGCGCAACUGUCAAGCCUCGCCGAUGAAACGCCGGAAGGCCGCUCGAUUGUCGUGCUGGCGAAAGACAAAUACGGCCUGCGCGGGCGGGAACUGGGCGACCGUGAAGCGGAGUUCGUUCCGUUCACGGCGCAAACCCGCAUGAGCGGCGUCAACAUGGGCGCCACAAUGAUUCGCAAGGGCGCGGCGGGUUCAGUCAAAAAUUGGGUUAUGGAGCAGGGCGGGCGCGUCCCUAUGGAGCUCGACGACAUCGUGACGCGCAUUUCGUCUCUUGGCGGAACGCCGCUGGUCGUAGCGAUCAAUGACAAGCCACUUGGCGUUAUCUACCUGAAAGACAUCGUGAAAGGCGGCAUGAGAGAGCGCUUCGACGAGCUGCGGGCAAUGGGCAUCCGCACGGUGAUGAUUACGGGCGAUAACCCGCUCACGGCGAAAUCCAUCGCGGAAGAGGCGGGCGUAGACGAUUUUCUGGCGGAGGCCACGCCGGAGGACAAAAUGGCCCUGAUUAAAAAGGAACAGCAGGGCGGCAAGCUGGUUGCCAUGUACGGGCGACGGCACCAACGACGCCCCGGCGCUGGCGCAGGCCGAUGUCGGCGUGGCGAUGAAUACGGGAACGCAGGCGGCGAACGAGGCCGGCAACAUGGUCGACCUCGACUGCAACCCGACCAAGCUGAUCGAGAUCGUGGAGAUCGGCAAGCAACUGCUGAUGACGCGCGGCGCGCUGACGACGUUCUCGAUCGCCAACGACGUCGCGAAAUACUUUGCGAUCAUCCCGGCGAUGUUCGUCACGACCUACGCUUCGCUGGACGCGAUUAA